UUUUCAGGUUCCUUAACAUUUGUUGGUCCUGGCCACUCCUUGACAGAUUUAAUUGUAUCCAUCCAAUUUCGUGCUGAGAAACAAAAUGCCUUUUCCAUUGUCUCCUGUUGAUGCGAUCCUGCAACAAGCAUCAUUGAAGUACAAGAAUCCAGAUAGGAUGAAACGGGAUGUGAAAGCAGCACUAGAGCAUUAUCAAGGUCUAAAGUUGAAGUUUGAAGAUUUUGUCUUCAACAAUGGGACAACAAUGAAGCUGUUGAACCUUGAUGGUGUCAUUCCUGUGACUUUUAACAAUGUGAGAUACAACAUUCCAGUCAUCAUUUGGCUGCUAGACACCCAUCCUAACAAUCCGCCGAUGUGCUUUGUGAAACCAACUUCUGACAUGCAUAUCAAGCCAUCGCGUCAUGUGGACCUGAAUGGAAAGAUAUAUUUACCUUUCCUCCAUGACUGGAAUCCGAGCAUGUCAGAUCUUUUUGGCUUGAUUCAAGUGAUGAUUGUGGUGUUUGGAGAAGAGCCUCCUGUAUACAGCAAACCGAAGUCCAGUCAACCUACUCAGCCUCAACCACCUGUUGCUGGGCUGCCUUAUCCAAAUUCUACUCCAGGAUACUAUCCUAUGCCAGGAGUACCAGGACAAGGACUUGCAUAUCCACCUUAUCCAUCUGGAACUGCAGGAAUUCCUCCCCCAUACCCCUCCUUAUUCCCCACCAGUCAGCCUCCAGCUUCUCAACCUACUUAUCCUCCGUAUCCAAUUUCCAACCCAUCCACAUCUACCCCUUAUCCAGUAUCUACGCAGGCUCAGGCGACACCUGCUAGCCUUGGAAUGAAUGCCGGAAAUACAGGUACCAUCAAAGAAGCCCAUAUCAAGGCAUCCCUUCUAUCUGCUGUGGAGGAGAAAGUCAUGAGGAGGGUGGCUCAAAUAGAAGCACAGUAUCAAGAUGAAAUGAAGGUUCUUCAUCAGACUCAGAUGGACCUGAAUAAUGGCAAAACAAAGCUUGAAGAGCUCAUGAAGAGACUGGAGUUUGAAGAGUCCCCUCCCUCCCUUGCAUCUCGGAAUGUAGAGUCUUUCAACAGCAGCCUUCAGAUGGUGGGUGUGAUGCAUGGUCAGGAGUUUUCUAGUCGCUCGCUCAAUGGCCUGGAGUUCUGUAGGUGA